AUGUGCGAAGCAGAUACUAAGAUUAUAGGGAAAUAUAUUUAAAAUACUAAAAGAAAAUUGGGACAAGGCUUAAUCUGCUCGGUUUAUGAAGCAAAAUAUUUAGAUACAAAUAAGUAUGUGGCUUUAAAAAAAAUAUCACGGAAAACUUAAGAUUCCAGAAUUGUGUCAAAUGAAAGAUUAUAAAAAUCAUAUGCCUUAGAAAUAGAAAUUUUAAAAUAAUGUGUGCAUAAAAAUGUAAUUUCCCUUGUGGAUAACUUUGAAACGCAAGAUCAUUUUUACAUCAUUCUUGAGUUAUGUGAUUCAAAUCUUAAGGAAUAUUUAGAAAAAAAGACAGGUAAAAGAUUGGAGGAAGAAGAAGCGAUGGAUAUAUUUUCAUAAAUUGUUGAAGGUGAAAAAUGUCUUCACAAAUAAAAAUACUCUCAUAGAGAUAUAAAACCAGAAAAUAUAUUGCUCAAAGACGGUUGUGUUAAAAUAACAGAUGUCAAUUUGGCAAAAAAUAUAGAAGAUAUGUAUAAAGCAGCAGCUCACUCCAUUGUGGGGACUCCUAUUUAUUCAGCCCCUGAAAUAAAUUCUAAUACAAAUUUCUGUCCUUAUAAAGCAGAUAUUUAUUCAUUAGGUAUAGUGUUAUCUGAAAUGUUGCAUGGUUUGAUAGAUAGAUGUUAAGUUAUUACCAACUAUUAGAAUAUAAUUAAAAUUCGAAGUGACUUAGAGGAACUUAUUAAUAGAAUGUUAGAAAAGGAUCCGAAAAUGAGAGCCGAUUGGUCAGAUGUCUCAACUUUUAUAUGCUACUAUAAGAAACUUAAUUUAUUAGAUAAAAUAAUAAGUAGCUUUUCUGAGAUAUAACAAUCCAUUCAAGAUGAAAAUACUAAAAAUUUUAUGUAUCCAACUGGUCUUUUGAUUAUAAAAUAAUAUAAUAAACUUAUAGAUGAAAAAACAUUAGAACUUUAAGCUAGAAAGAAAUACAAUUAUUUAAAAGACAUGAAAUAGCAUGAAGAGUUAAGAUUUUAUGUGUAAAAUGCAAAAAAGUGGUAUGAAAAUCAAAAAACAAAUUAAACCUAAAUACUAUGUGAAUCUGGUGAAUUAAAAGAUGAGUUAAGACACUCAGAAAGAAGCAAAUAGUUUAAUACUCAUUUUUAAAGUUACUUAGCUGCUUUUUACAAAAAGUUAAAUAAUAUAACAUUCAAUUCAAAAGAAUUGAAUUUCAAAAUUAAAUAUUUUUAACUUAAAUUAUUGAUUGCCUGUGAUCUAAUAUGUGACUUUUAAAAUGUACAAAAAUUAUUAAGUCAACCAUUAAUGAUAGAAAAUGUUUUAAGCUUAGGCCAUUGCUUAAAGGAUAUUGAUUAGGUAGAAAAGUAUACAAAAGCUCUUUUACCCAUAUUUGAAGAAAUCCUUAAAUGAUUUAUAAUAAUGACAAAAUUUCAAAAAUAUCUUUAAUA